AAUCUCACAGUUUCUAAGUCAGCGGCUCUUCCCGUAUUGAAGAAUGAAAAAUUAGCGGGAAUAUUACCAGGAAACCAAAAACCUUGUUAGCAACAAUGGAAUUUGGCUGUUGUAAUCUGAGUCUCUGGAAAGAAGCCGUCUCUGCUUACCAGUCCCGUAUAGAAGCCCUAAAUAAACCCAAUUUGGCUUCCCUGGACGACUAUUACCGCAACCAUCUUCCUCCUCUUCUCCACCAACGAAACCCUAACUCCUACAUCACCACCUCCGAGCUCUCCAAGCUCAUGCAGUGGAAGCUCACACGUGGCAAAUGGCGGCCGCGUCUGUUGGAUUUCGUUUCGGGUUUGGACGAAGCCCUAGUAAAAUCGGCCUCUGAAAAAGCAUUUCGGUCUCUUCCAGAUGUCUCUAAAGCCAUCACCGAGCUUACUGUGCUUAAAGGUGUCGGUCCGGCCACUGCCUCUGCAGUUUUAGCCGCUUACGCGCCGGACAUCGCACCCUUUAUGUCUGACGAGGCUAUGGAGGCAGCUCUUGGUAACUCAAAAGAUUAUACGCUUAAGCAGUAUCUGAUAUUUGUAAAUAAGUUACAGAAAAAAGCAAAGGAAUUGAGUUCAGAAGGAGACAUUUUCACACCAUCAGAUGUGGAAAGGGCUCUGUGGAGUUCUGCUGUGGGGGCCAAGUUGUUAUCUUCUAAUCUAAAUCCAGAUUCCAAGUCUAACACAAGUAAGAAUACAAAGAGGAAGAGAAAACGUUGAUCUUGUGGGGUUGACUGAAAAAUAUUUGCCGGAAUUCUUGGAUCUUCAGACUCAAAUAUAUGAGUAGAAGUAGAAGAACAAUCUGCUAUGGUCGUAUAUGCCUAGCUUUUGUAUCAUCUCUAAUUCUCAUGUUUCACAAUUGUCUCCAACUUGUGAAAUUUCACACGAUAAAAUAUGUGCUCUUCCAGAGGCGGUGUUUCAGUGGCAUUGGUGUCUAUGGUCAUGCCCAUCGACAGGUGGCAUUAUUUUUAUCGGUAGUACUUCACUUUGAGAGUUUCUUCCACUUUGUUAUCACUUGGUUAAUGUGAUGUCCUUUUUACUUUGAUUAUUAGCUGGAAAACUGUUUUGCAAUUCAAAUAUCACUGCAAUUUGGGUUUGUUUGUUCAA